CCGGGAUUUUGUUUUUAAAGGCAUCGAUCGGGAGAUGCGGGCAGAAAUUGCUGCUGCUGCUGGGGCCGGGAGCUGAGCACCUCCGGAGCAAACCGGGAGCAGCUGAACUUUGGCGCUGGGAAAGAUUCAUUUCUCCUCCGUAAACACUUUGGGGACGACCACAGCGCAUCAUCGCACACCCAGCGCUGCAGCACCCGGUGCUGGAGAGACACUGGGGGGUUCCUCUCUCACCAAGGACGGACACCUGUGUAAGGAGCUGGGGAAGGGCAAUUCAUCUUUCUUUUCCAGAUGACUGCAAAUACCGAAAGGAUCGUGGCUCUCUGCUUUCCAUCAGCAAGUGGCAUUAGGGAGAGGCAGAGGAAUGGAAAUGAUGUUGCUCCAAUUCAUCCCAGCAUCUACUUUUUCCCAAGGGACUCCAUGCCCAUAGGGGUUUGCUGCAUGCAUGUCCAGCAGUGAGGACAGCAGUACCACAGAUGCAUCCCAACUGGAUCAUGUAAGAAUUUGAUACUGAGAAACCCACCCCAGUGAGACUUUCUCUGCCUGAAGUAUAUGGUUUGGUGUAAGCACAGCAAUUUUUGCCUAUUUCUCUCCCUUUUCCAUCUCUUGGGCUUGGAGAUCUCUGCCCUCAUUGCAACUAUGCUCAUUUGCAACAUCAGUGCCAUCAAAGAUUGGAGCACUUUCCUCUCUCAGAUCCUCCCCAGCGUGAACAAGACCCUGAACUUGGUGCAGCAAGUGGAGGCCACUACCAGCUCAGUAGUGAGCGUCCUGCAGGACCCCGAGCAGGACAGCUACCUGGCCAACAGCCAGCCCAUGAACUCCAGCAACUUCACGGCCGGCCUAGACCACUUGUUUCAGUACUCUUACUCCGACAAUGACCAGCUGUACAAGGAGUACAAACCCCCUCCUCGCGACGCCAUCCCUCUGCCCAAGGCUGUCCUCUACCUCCUCAUGGCAGCCCUGGUGGUGGUGGCAGUGGCAUACGCCAUUGUUGGGCACCUCAUCAAGGACCUCAUUCAUGACUUUAUAGAUUGGAUCUUCGGCCCCAACCCAGAUGACAACAGCAACAAAAGCGACGUCAACUGCAUCACCAGCAGUGUCAAUGAGAUGAGCGAGAUGCCCGAGGUGCUGCGCCAUCAUGACCGCCAGCCCCAGGAUGUGGUCAUCGCCAUCAGCGAGACCUGCCACCUGCCACAGCAGACAUGA